AUGAUGUCCAAAGCACUGCAGCGUUCAGUUUCCAUUGGCAGUAAAAAGGCAUCAGACCCUAUAGAUCAGUUCUUGGAACAUCAUCGUCUCUUCCGGAAGCAUAUAAUAAUGGACACCUCAAGUUUGUUUCGCGUGUUCGCCGAGCAGGUGUACGACACCCAGAUGCUUCACUACGAAGUGAGGAUGGAGUGCGUGCGCUUUAUGUUCGGGCGAUCGAGGAGUUUCCGGCGAUUUGUGAGUGAAAACUUCGAAGAGUACCUGUGGCGGCUGGGCAAGACCAAGACGGCAGGCACCAUGCUGGAACUGAGUGCCCUGUGCCACCUGUACCGUCGGAAUGUCAUUAUCUACGAACCAUUCGAUCUGGGCCGACAGAUCACCUACAGCACGGACUACCAGGAGAACAUACGCAUCUUUGUUAACCUACAGGGGCACUUCGACUCCGUGCUGACCAUGCAGGACGUCGAUAUAGCCGCCGUUUGCCAGGCCGUGGCCUUCAAGAUGCUAUACAAGCACGUGUUCCGCCUGCCGGAUGUUAGUCUUGCUGUGGAAUGGAUGCUGUAUCCAGAGACCUUCAAACGGGGCAUUGACUUUGAGUACGACCCGCGCGGCAAUGUCAUCCGUUUGCUGUGCCGCAACGGACGGAGUUUCAAGCUGGAUCGCCCCGGAAGCACCAUUUGCUUGCUUGAUAACUACAAAUUGUGCCCGUUUCAUAAUCGCAGGCUAGAGCUGGACAUGCAGUCUCCAGACAUGUCCUGCAUGCUGGGCCUUCUGCAGCAUAAAAGGCAGCCCUUCUGCUACGUGGCAGCCAAGUCAAUGGAUCCCUAUAUGUUUCGCAACGUUGAGCUUACUAGCCUGGUCGAAGCCCGUCGCGAAGCGAGGCAAUGGGAUAUCUACACAGGCGACUACAAUUUCAAGGUUGGAGCCAAGUGCCAGGUGGAGUUGGAUACCAAUAGACGCGAUCUGCUCAGCAUUUGUUACAUCCAAUCGAUCGAUAGGAAUAGAUCCGCUUGUCAAGUGUUUAUCGAGGAGCAGGGAAAACUUGUAAGCGUGCCCUACGAUAACCUACAUCCUCUGCCGCCAGAUGAAUUCAAGGCCUGGGAUCUUGCGCGUAAGCGGCGACCCAAGCUGCCUCGACAUCUCCAUAUGAUCCGAAUGAAGAGGCAGUUUCUUCAGAUACGAAACACAUUCAGACCACAGCCACGUGGUUCAAGUCCACAAUUCGUUCCUCCCCCAAACAAUCAGAUCCCCACGGCAGCACCAAUGGCUAUUCCUCGUCCGGUUUUCCUAUCACCACCGCUCCCUCUUUUCGGGUCACCUAGAUGGAUGCAACCUAUCCGGCCGGUUAUGCCGAAUCAUCUGAUGAUUCGUCCACCGGGACCACUCGUUUUUGUCCAACCACCACGAGUUGGUCCGCCGCCUAACAUGAUGCCGAUUCCAUUUGUUGUACACAACUCACCAUCGGUGUUUGAAUCUGUUUAG